AGACCCUCGUUCUCCCAAUCAGCCAGUUCAAUUAGUGCGGUGGUGACUUGCGCACCUUCUGCUCGGGUGUUCCUGUCCCGUUGAUCGACUUCCCUUCUUCAUCUGCUUUUGCUUGCCCACCCCCUCCCUCCCUUCUCCCAAAAAAAGAAGCAAUACUUCUUGCUUGCUUUCCUCCCUGCUGUUGCUCACUUGCUCCGCAACCUUUGCUUCACUUUCUCUUCAUCCACAAUAUCCGGGGAUAUUUUCCUCCUCCCACGUUCGUUCCAUUUUUUUUCUUCUUCUCUCCCUCCCUCUUCUCUAACCCUCUCUCAACACACACCGCUUGCCCUCGUUUUGGUCGGUGUUGCUGGGGAAUUCUUCGACUGGGCUUCCAUCAAUCGUUGUUCCUAGGGCUUCCGGGUAGUGUGUGCUCGUGCUGGUACGUGUGACCUCCUUUCUGUUUUGCUUGCGUUAUCCGGCAAUUCUUCUCUUGAAUUGCCUUCUUGCUUCUGGCUUUGCCUCCCUGCAGGUCAGCGGAACGGCCUUGUAUCCAGAAACACUCUGUGCUACGCCUUUCUAUCAUUGCCCUCUUUUCAAUUGUCGGGUAGCAUCUGAGGUACUGUCGUUAACGAUUUCUCCCGAUAGCUAUUCGCUCGUUUCGGGUACUCAGCCAACCUCACCCUCCUCGCACACUCUGUAAGAGCCGGGAACUGCCUGAGCUGUCACGGAUUGAAUAAUUUAUCGCCGCGGUUCUCUCGCUUUUUCUUUUUCUUUUUCGCUUUCGGGAGUAUCUGCCAGCAACCCCCGCCAUAAAUCAUCCGGGCUCUCCCUGGUCGAAACGCUCCUUGUGCGCUUCACCUUUCUUCUGUUGAGUUAGUCAAACACUCAAACGACACUUCAGGGACGGGGUUCGUUGCCGUUCGUGGACAAAGGAAUCUCUGACGACAACCACGUUACCGGUUGUGGAUUGUCUGGGCGUCUCGCCAGUCGGAGGCAUCAAAACACCGGCCUCGCCCACCUUUUUGAAGGGGGCGUUGGUACCUGAAUUAAAAACCCCGGAUCGAAAGAAUAUUCUCCGGUAAUAAUUUUUGCGAAAGAAAAAAAAAAACUUAAUUCCAGUCUCUCGUUUAGCAGCGUUUUCUUUCUUUCUUUCUUUCUUUUCUUUACAGCAUCCUACAUUCGCACUCUCGUUGACUUCCGGAUAACAAAAGUUCAAGCGGUUAAUAUUAAUUUUUUUUCAACAUGGUGAAUGCGGAUGGGGUUCCUGAUUUGACGGACCCAUGGGCUGUCUCUGAGGUAAAUGGUCCUCUUGGUGGCUUUUGGUGAGCUGAGGUUGCUUGGUACUGACUGAUACUUGGUAGAUCGUAUAUUGUUCGAUCAUGGGUGCGGUCAUGUUGGCAGCUCUGCUGGAAUGGUUCUUAUGGCUGGUACGGGAUCCUAUGCCUGGGAUAUAGAGGGGUUUGAUGCUAAAAACCGGAUAGGCUGCUUUCUUGUACUGUCUGGUUAAGGUGUUCCAGAAGGCCGAUACAUGGCACAUUCGGGUUCUCGCCGUUCUCAUGAUGCUCCUUUUCACUGCUUUCCGGUGGGUUUGCAUCCAUAUUUUUGGAGCGGCUGAUGGGUUGGAUUCUAACAUAUCGUUUUAGUUGCAUCUUCUUGCCGGUAAUGGUCGUCACCCUUCCUCUCCCCCCUAGGAUCACGGUUCUCUUCCCCAUUGCCAUGGUCAACUUCCUGCAGUGGUUUGCAUUCUAUUCGUUUGCCGCCCUCUUGACAAUUCCGUGGCUCUUCUGCGUCUACCAGCUUGUCACCAACAGUCUUGGUAGACAUCGCCGUAUCAAGUCGGUGUUGGACGAAUCGAGCGCACCGAAGGUCGUGAUUGUUAUGCCGGUUUAUAAGGAGAUUCCCGAGGUCUUGUUGACUGCCAUUGAUUCGAUUGUCGACGGAGACUAUCCUCCAUCAUGCCUACACAUUUUCUUGUCAUUCGACGGAGACGAGGAGGAUGAGUUGUAUCUCAAGACGAUUGAGAGCUUGGGGGUUCCGCUCUCCCUCGACAGCUAUCCCCACAGUUUGGACGUUACCUACCGCGGCACUCGUAUCACUGUUUCUCGCUUCCCUCACGGAGGAAAGCGGCACUGUCAGAAAAGGACCUUCAAGCUCAUCGACAAGAUUUAUACUGAAUACCUUAAGAGAAAUGACAACUUGUUCAUCCUUUUUAUCGACUCUGAUUGUAUUCUGGACAAGGUCUGCAUUCAGAACUUUGUGUAUGAGAUGGUGAGUCUGGAUUCUGGAUUACUCCCCCGAAAAUUCCAAACCGAUUCCUGGGCGUGGCCAAGGACUCUUUAAACCCUGAUUUUCAGCCUAAAACUCGAUUUGAUUAGGUUUUGCUCCGGUUUGCUGACCCCGAUUCUCUGUUUCACAGGAGCUCAAACCUGGCAGUAAGCAGAACAUGUUGGCUAUGACUGGUGUUAUCACAUCGACUGCCAAGAAGCAGUCCUUGAUUACUCUACUACAAGACAUCGAGUAUAUCCACGGUCAGCUCUUUGAGCGGUCGGUGGAAUCAGCCUGUGGUUCUGUUACUUGUCUUCCUGGCGCGCUCACCAUCUUGCGAUUUUCUGCCUUCCGUAAGAUGGCCAAAUACUACUUUGCGGAUAAAGCUGAACAGUGUGAUGACUUGUUUGAUUACGGAAAAUGUCACUUGGGCGAGGAUAGAUGGCUCACCCAUCUUUUCAUGAUUGGGGCCAAGGAGCGAUAUCAGAUCCAGAUGUGUACCGGUGCUUUCUGUAAAACGGAGGCUGUCUUGUCCUACAGGAGUUUGCUCAAACAGCGACGAAGAUGGUUCUUGGGUUUCAUCACUAAUGAGGUUUGUAUGUUGACGGACGUUCGUCUUUGGAAGAGAUAUCCGAUUCUCUGCGUCGUUCGAUUCAUGCAAAACACCAUCCGUACCACUGCCCUUCUGUUUUUCAUUAUGGUACUCUCGCUCUUGACAACAACCCAGAAAGUCAGUCAACUUCCCGUUGGCUUUAUCGCUGUAUCCUUGGGAUUAAAUUGGGCUCUCAUGUUCUACUUUGGAAUUAAGCUUAAGCGUUUUAAGGCUUGGUUGUACCCCAUGAUGUUCAUCCUCAACCCCUUUUUCAAUUGGGUAUAUAUGGUCUAUGGAAUUUUCACCGCUGGUCAACGCACAUGGGGGGGGCCGCGUGCAGAUGCUGGUACUGCCGAUGAUACCAAGACACCGCAACAGGCGAUCGAGGAGGCCGAAGCUAGGGGCGAUGACCUCCAGGUUGUCCCGGAGACUUUCCGGCCUGCUGCCGAGCAGCAAGCCCAGAACAACCAAGUCCGCCAGCGUAUUCCGGUUCACCCCGAUGGCAGAGUUGAAGGACGAUUUGCAGCUUCAGAGAGACUUCCCGGUGGAUACUACAAUUAUAGCAACGACUCUAUGGGCACUCUUCCGGACAUCGUUCCUCGCAAUCCCAACGCUCCCCAGAUUCCGCUUCACCCCCGUGCCUCGUUCGACAGUUUCGUCUCUGGGACAAGUACUACUGCCGGGAACUCGGUUUAUUUCCCAAGGAGAGUUGAGAGUAUCAUGGGUGAGGAGGAUCGCAGAAAGUACCUCGUGGCGCAGUCGAAUCAGCGUGAGGCUGGAGGCGCAUACAUGGUUGAGCCGAGGAAGGAAGCAUUUGAGUCUUCGGAAUUAGAUGUUUAUGGGUACAAAAAUGCUGUGAACGAGUCGAGUGAUUCCAUCGACUCUGUUGGAAGUGCCGGUAAUGGAUAUCACAACAGAAAUAGCAGCAACAACCAACACAAUUAUAAUCAGCCAGUGAGCGGAUCGACUUCACCAACCAACCCCAACGCUCCCAAUAAUGCGGCUCAGGACCAGGCUAGUCACUUGGCCAUUCCUGAGCCCGCCCAUCGUCCUCAAUCGAUAGGCACCAAUGGCCGCGGUACGAGUGCUGCGCGUAGUCCGCUCGCCCGACUAAGCUUGGUCAGGACGGCUGAUGGCGAGGGAGGUGAUCAGGGUGUAGAAAUGACUGCUACUCCUGGUUCUCCCUCCGCUCCUCCCUCCGCUCCUCCCGCCGAUGCUGCUGCUGAUGAUGAUCGGGAAGGGCGGUCAAAAGAAAGGAAGAAGCUCACAAAGAAGCCAAAUCGUUCGUCCAAAUGAUCGACUUGUGUUUUCUAUAGCUUUUCUUAACGGGUUUCACGGUUUUCCGCUUUCUCCUUGGUGUUUUUAUGAUUGUACAAAAUAAUUGGUUUCGCUUGAUAAAUACUGUUAGCAAUAAUUGGGGGGCAGAAAAUGUGGCUACAGGCUGCGCUUUCUCGCAUCAGAAAAAGUUAUCGGUGCUUUUAGGUCAUUUUUUCAUGAUUGCGAAUUUGUUUUAUGUGCGUUUCUUCUAUAGUUUUUUUAUAUAGUUUUUUUUCUCUUUUUCUUGCUUCCGGUUUUCAUUCAUUCAUUCAUUCAUUUCCAGUUAGUCUUGUUCCGACGUCUUGGUAUGCUGUGAUAUACCGAUGUACGAAAGAACAGGAGGAUGGGAUAUGACAUAACAUGCUUAUAUUCUUAGCGUGGCAGGAGGUUUGUUGCAUAUUUGUCUUUUGAUACCAUUUCUGAUACUUAUUCUUUUCCUGCUGCCGUUCAUAUUUCCUUUUCUCUCUUCCAGUUUGUUCAUGCAUGACGGAGAGGGUGUCCAACCAGUGUCGAUAAUGAGUUGCUUUUCUUAAUUCUCCCCACGUGCAACUCUUCGCAGACACCACUAUCUAUCGUUUUCACUUGCUUGCCCCCCUGUUUCCUUUUAAAGUAUAUAAGCUGAGUCGGGGAAUUGGUUGUGGGGUGCUGGAUCGGAGUUUAUGGUACCAUUGUGGAAGAUGGGGUACAUUUUAAAUGAAUGGUGGCAAAAGCCUUUGGUUAUUAGGCCCCUCCAAUUUCUCCCUGACUGCUGGUGUGUAUCGUAAUUGAAGACCUACCCCGAUGCAUGUUUAUGCAUCACCACGCACGGGUACUAUCGAUC